UGACGUCUAGUAAAGACCCGGCGUAUUAAGAAGCCGCCUCUUGAAGACGUCGUGUGCUUCUAAAUGCCGCGUGCAUUCAUUGUCUUUUCACCGAGACCGACGGCGAAAAAGAGUGCGCGAGCAUCGAACGUUCCUAGAAAAUAGGGCUUGUGAAUUUUCCAAAGAAGGCCUGGUAAUACCUACGCCGAGGGAUCGUUUAGCUCUUUUUAUUGUAUUUGCAGGGAAUAAAAGCGACAUCAUAGACUGCGGCAAUUCUAUCUUUGCACUGUUAGCUUACGAAACGAGAUUGCCCUUUCUGCCACUAGGGCACGGCCAGUAAACAGGAAAAUAUGCCAAUGAGAGGACUGCACCUGCAGCUAGAACAUUGAGCGCGUAUUUAAAUGCAGGCACUGAAGUAUUGAACGCACACGUGCAAAGAAUUACACGCUUGACGCUUCGCCGACGUCGACACGCUGUGUUCGCAAGAAAAACUGAAGCAAGUUUGUGCCGUGCAAGUGCCAUCACGACAAAAGCAUGUCUAGAGUUCGAACAAUAGCCACGAGCCAUGCGCCCACAACAACGAGCAAGACGACUCUGGACUUGCGCAUAAAAAAUCCCCCGAGCUCGCUUCUGUCUAGUGCAGCCACCUUGGUGACAUGGUUCCGGAUCUUCAUCGGCCACGCUUACCUGUACGGGAUGGGACUGGUCGGCGUGAUUAUCCUGCCCGUACUCGUGGUGAGCCAGCGAGCCCGAGAGGUGUUUUUCGCCUUCGUUUACAUGCUUAUUCAGCGCCUGUGGUGCAGCGACUACGGCAUCGUGCGGCGCGUGGUAAUGACCGGACUUGACGAUCUCGUGUCUCAAGACAGCGCCCUGAGAGAGCGCGGCGCAGUUCGUGUUCUCGAAGUGGGUGCUGCUUACGGGCCGAACUUGCCUUAUGUGCGUCGCAACGUGGAGUACUGGAGAUUGGAGCCCAACGUGAGCUUCGACGAAGGCUUCCAAAAGAACCUGGACGCUAAUAACAAGGUUGAAUUGGUGCGUACUCUUCGCGGACACGGCGAAGACAUGCACAUGCUGCCAGACGGCCACUUCGAUGCUGUAGUGAUCACGUAUGUGCUGUGCACUGCCAUUGACGGGAAGAAGAUCAUCAGUGAAUGCAAGCGCGUGCUCCGGAAGGGUGGCCGCCUCCUUUUCGCCGAGCACGUAGGACACAAGAAGGGCACAUUCGCAAGGUUUAUGCAAGACCUGCUGGCACCACUCGUCCAGUAUAUGACCGGCGGUUGCUACAUGAACAGAGACAGCGGCCGCGUCUUCCAGGAGGCCGGCUUCGAGUAUGUCCAAGUGGAAGAGGUAGACUUGGACCUCCCUUUUCAGUACAGUUACCACGUCUACGGCGUCGCAACUGCGUGAAUUUUCCGAAAUAGCGGGAAAUGGUACCCUGCAACACUUCUCUUGUGAUAGCAAAGAUAGGGACACUCGAAGAACGCUUUUGCCACCGCCUUCAUGUUCCGUAUAUAAAGUCCAAUUCGAUAUAAUCGC